AUGACAAUAUUAGCAAUCCGCCAGGUUAGAAAUUAACUGGGUUAUUACGUCAGGCCCUUAGUGGUUAUUUUUUAUGUGUCUGGUCUUACAUGAAGUAUCUGGUUUCAGGGCUUCAUGCAUCAAUUGAACCACGUGAUUGAACAUUUGAACUCCCCUUGAGCACAGCCUUGAGGCUUGAAUGCUUCGUUUCAAGUUUCACUUUCGUAUUAAAUCCGUGCAGUUUAAACAGUGCACUUUUCUGUCACACUUAAGUUGGAAAGACUCGGACAUGAUGAGCAAGGUAUAAUUAUUGCACAUAUUAUAAUACAUUUUAUAAGUUCUUGUUAAUUAGGGACCAGUCCAUGAAUAACCUGCUAUUAAAGGCAUUAAAUGCUGUUAUAUUAUAUAUAAUUAUCUAUACUAUUGACUAUAGACUAUAUAGUUUAUUGAAUAUAUUCAUGUCGCAUAAAAUUUGAUUUAACAGAUACACGAAGAGGCAGCAGAACCGUUUAUAAAGUUUGUUAACAGUUCACCAUCUCCAUUUCAUGGUAAAGUAACUAUUUCUUAUACAGGCAAUAUUGAGACCAUGAAAGGUUUGACAAUUAAGGUUUGAGGCUUGAAUGUUUCGUUUCAAGUUUCACUUUCGUAUUAAAUUCGUGCAGUUUAAAAGUUUAAACAGUGCACUUUUCUGUCACGCUUAUCUUUGAAAGCAUGACAUGAUGAUUGAUGAGCAAGGUAUAAUUAUUGCACAUAUUAUUUACAUUUUAUAAGUUCUGUUAGGCCACUAUUUGUUGUAUAUUAGUUUCUCAUCCGGGUCUUCACCAAAAGUUGAUGCGGGCGGGCCAUUACCAUUAUUUGCUGGGUUUCCCGUUGUUAUACGGUGCAUAUUGGAAAAUUAAUACAGGAAUGUUGUGUAUGUUUUAUAGAGCUGCAACUUUCUGAAUGUUUCCAUGCAUGUGAUUUUGAUGUGCACGACGCCAACGUAAAAAAGUUCAAGAUGUAUUGCAAGUUUUAUAAUACAUUAAUACAUACUCCUCUAUAAACACUGUGCAGAGAGUAUAUUAGGUAUAUUAAUCGAGAUCGAUAAACAUGUGCACCUAGCCCAAUGUUCCACUGAACAAGGAAUCAUCUUGCUGUUUUGCGGUACACAUUGAUUGUAGUUCAGCAUUGCAAAACAGCACAAAAUCAGUAAGUGAAACUGAAAGCAUGUUUUCAUAUUAAAAACAUGGCCACUAGGCACCACAUGUGAAACAAUUUUGUACCCAUGGGCCAAGGUCGUCUCGCGUUUUUGAAUGGGAAUGUUUCUAAAUUGUCUUUCUUUCAAAUUUCACUCUGAAGACAUCACAAAAUUUAUAUAAAUAAUGGUCAAAAAUUGCAAUAAUGGCAAUAAUGGCGAACAAGACCAUGCAUUUUCUUAAGGUUACAGAACACCUUUGAGUGUUAAUUUUGCCUAAAAUUUUUUUAUUGGUUUCAAUGAAAGCAUUAGACUAGUUCUACUAUCUGACCAAGUUUGAACGAAAAAUGUUGAAAACUCGCAGAGUUAUUUAAUAAAAUACAUUUCGCUGCAAUAAGAAAAACAUUGAAAAUGUAAUAUUCAAAUUCAAUUUUCUCCCGAAAAAUUUUACGGUAAUUACUGAUUUUCAAAUGAGUUGUGCUCCUGCGGGUUUCAACCAAUUUUUCUCAAAUUUUCACAGGUCAUAGCUAAAUACGUCAGUUUCAAAAACGUGUUCGGCUUUUUUUUAAUUUUGGAUAUUUUAAAAAUAAAGAGCAAUUCACUCAAACAAUUCAGAAAUAUAUUGCAGUCGUCAAAGAAAUCGCCAUAUCAGCGGAAUGACGAAAUAAACAAAAAUUUCCGAACACGUUUUUUUAGAACAACUAUUUUACUGUAUAAAAAUGAUAUUUUCAUAAAUAUAACUUGAAACCAGCAGGAGCACAACUCAAAAGCCUAACGGUACCGCGAUUUAAGAUUUUCUUGAAUAAUUCUUACAUUAUUUUAUUGUUUGUUAAUUUUACAACUUUACCAUAUUUUGCAUGCACUGGAGAACAUUUGGUGCAAAUUUGAUGAAAAUCGGACUGAUAUUGAACGCGCAGUAGCGAUUUUCCGCAAAACGCUAAAAAGGGUGUCCUGUAACCUUAAAAAGCAUGCAGGCUGGGAUGAGAAACUAAUAUACAACAAAUAGUGGCCUUAGUUAUAACUAUUUCUUAUACAUGGGCAAUAUCCAUGAGACCAUGAAAGGUUUGCUACCUCACGGGUGAUGUCAAACUCUAAAUAAACUUCAGGUGUACAUGCAUCCAUGUGUUGUAAUUUCUUAAUAAUCCCUAACAUUCACCCUAACCACUGCAACAAACACCCAUGAGUAAUUAGUCCAACCAAUCCAUGAAUUUGUAUAAACAAAUAAAACAAUAAUGUUUACUUAGUAUUCUAGUAUGUAUAUAUUGAGCUCAGUGGUUUGAUCAGGUUUCAUAAUUAUUCUUUAGUCAAUGUCUGAUUGUGAAAUUUAAUUUCAACAUGUCUUUGCCUGAGUUUUCAAAUACCAGACUGCAAUCUAUAAGUAUCAGUCAGGGCCUAGCUGCAUGCAAGAACAUACCUGUAUGUGCAUGUGGGUACAUGGCUGAAUAUUCUUAAAUACCAUCUUUCCCUCUCUGGGCUAGACACCAGCCUGGGUAUGAGCAGGCCAAAAAAACAGGUCAGCAAAUUUAUUAUUGAUUAUUUCAAUUUAUUUGUAUGUAUAAACAUUGCAAACAGACAGAUCAUCUGUCAGCAAAGAAGACUAAGAUGAACUACAGUAUCAAGGCCUAAAAAAAACCCUGUGGAUCCAGUUUCAUAUCGCGAAAAAAUUAGGGUCGGUAGGUCGGAAAUAAUUUUUUUUUUGAAUAUUUUUUCAUGGUUUUUUCAAUAAUUAGUGUGACAACAGACGCCAUUUUGGCAACAGCCCGCAACCACCUGAAGAAAAUAGGGUUGCACAGGUCAAUCACGUUGAAAAAAUAAUAGGGUCGGUCAGGAACCAGAACCACAAGACUGUAUUUUUUUAGGCCCAAUCUGUUAGUUUGUUUGCUCAUAUGAACUUGCAUGCAUAGUAAAUCUUGUCCACAAUGGAUUUUACCAACACAUUUUGAUAAUGCAGGAAAGAUGAAAGAAACCAGCACAUGUAUUAAAAAUAUAAAGUAGGAAAUAUGUCAGGUCUGGAAAAAUUUUUGCCCACCGCAGAGGCUAGGGGCUGCAACCUAUCAAGUCGGGCAGUUUUGUGUACCGGUACUUAAAUGUUGGGCAGAUGGUACUUUAGUUAAUAAUUGGGCAAUUGUCAAACUACAAGAUUAUUGCUCAAAAUUGAAUUAAUUACUUUCUUGAAAAGGUAAUUACCUUUAAUUCCAUUUACAAAAUUACCUAAUUAACAUUACUUUAUUCAUUACAUAAAUUAAUUAACCCAUUGAAAUAACUCAAUUCAUUUUUCGGUUUAUUUUGUUUUAUGUCCCUAUAUCAAUGUGUUAAGGUUUACCCAGGUGCAAUGUGGCCACUAUGGCUUGCGUGGUCUUUUUGCCUGGGCCGCGUGGAUAAUUUGAUUGAUGUAGAAAUAUAUGCAAAAGUAGAAUCACUUAUGAAAUGUUUAAUCGCUGAGAUAUUUUCCAAGGGCUUCAGAAUUAUUAAUUUUUGCCCAACCCCCAUGAGGAUUAACUUUAGCCGGUCGUGAGAUGAAAGUUGGUUGCAAAUGGCGACCAGGUGCCAGCUCAUGUCAAUCCCUGUGCACAACCGGCCUACAUACAAUUAUUGAUUCUCUUUUCACCACGCCCUGCUUUUCACAAGCAUGAUUAAGGUUACAGAACACCUUUGAGUGUUAAUUUUGCCUAAAAAUUUUUUAUUGGUUUCAAUGAAAGCAUUAGUUCUACUAUCUGACCAAGUUUGAACGAAAAAUGUUGAAAACUCGCAGAGUUAUUUAAUAAAAUACAUUUCGCUGCAAUAAGAAAAACAUUGAAAAUGUAAUAUUCAAAUUCAAUUUUCUCACGAAACAUUUCACGCUAAUUACUGAUUUUCAAACGAGUUAUGCUCCUGCGGGUUUUAACCAAUUUUUCUCAAAUUUCCACAGGGCAUAGCUAAAUACGUCAGUUUCAAAAUUGUGUUCGGCUUUUUUUUUAUUUUGGAUAUUUUAAAAAUAAAGAGCAAUUCACUCAAACAAUUCAGAAAUAUAUUGCAGUCGUCAAAGAAAUCGCCAUUUCAGCGGAAUGACGAAAUAAACAAAAAUUUCCGAACACAAUUUUUUAGAACAACUAUUUUACUGUAUAAAAAUGAUAUUUUCAUAAAUAUAACUUAAAACCAGCAGGAACAUAACUCAAAAGCGUAACGGUACCGCGAUUUAAGAUUUUCCUGAAUAAGGGACCGGUCAUUAUUUAUGGUGGGGGUUGGCACCGAAGAGAAAUGUUUUUCGUGGCAAAAAUUUUGCUGACCCAACGAUUAAAAAGUCAAAAAUUUGAUUACCCAACCUCAAAUAUCAAGUAAAAAAUAAAUACCCACCCCUGGCUAAAAUUAAACUUUACAAAAGAUUACCAUUCAGUUGUCACAUAUGUCCUUUACCCGAUUUCUGUGACACGAGUGCUGCAGGCUAAUGUAUCAUGUUGUCUGCACAUGUGCUUUUUUUGGAGACACCAUUUGUCUUCUAACAAAUUGGAAAAUGAUCAAGACAGUGACUGAUUGAUUCACAUAUUGUGUUGACAUAUGACAAUAACUUUUUUUUACCCAACCCUUGAGUUGUUUUGUUUUUCAUUUACCCAACCUUUUACUUACUCAAAAUUUAGUUUACCCAACCAUUUUCUCUUCGGUGCCACCCCCCGCCAUAAAUAAUGACCGGUCCCUAAUUCUUACAUUAUUUUAUUGCUUGUUAAUUUUACAACUUUACCAUAUUUUGCAUGCACUGAAGAACAUUUGGUGAAAAUUUGAUGAAAAUUGGACUGAUAUUGAGCGCGCAGUAGCGAUUUUCCGCAAAACGCCAAAAAGGGUGUCCUGUAACCUUAACUUUCCCCUUUGGGUCUGGAUCAUUGGAUUUCAGGAUUCGUACGGGUCCUGGAAAACCUGGAAAGUCAUGGAAUUUCAAUAUUCCAAAAUCCAGGCCUGGAAAUCCUGGAAAAUCAAUUUUAGUCGUGGAAAGUCAUGGAAAAUUGAAAUUUUACAAAACAUUAACAAAGUAUUUUACUUAUUUCAAUUUACCAGUCAUAACAAUAAUAUAUGAAUUGUUGUUAUAUGACGGAUUUUUGCAAGAGCGAAGUGAAUUUUGUUCUUUUAUUAUAUCUGUUAUCGUUAAAAUAUUAACGAAUUUCAGAAAUUCCAGACUUCCAGGUCAUGGAUUUUGAAAAAAAUGGUCAUGAAAAGUCAUGGAAAAGUCAUGGAAUUUUAAAUGGGAGAAGGUGUACGAACCCUGGGAUUUCAAUCCAACUCUCAUGCAAAAGGUGAUCUACUCACUGAGUAAAUCAAAUACUCAGUGGCAUAGCCAGCCCGACGAUUUGGUCCCGCUAUGCAAAUUUUAACUUAUUAUCAUUAUUCAUUUCUUUAGAAAUUGAUUAUGUUGAUAGUUUAUAAACAUGGCAAUAUUUACAUAGCGGGACUGAAUCGUUGGGCUGGCCACUGGUCAAAUACUCGUAACUGUAAGACAGGCUGUAUCUCAUUGGUUCUCCAAUGAUUAUUGCUACAAACCUACAGAGCUGAUACAAACUGAAGACUCAAUUAAUUUUGUACUUAUACUUAUAGUCUAGAGCGGAUAAAUGUACAUUAAGCACAGUUUUAUAAACGUAUUCAUUCAGCAAUUUCAGCAACCAGUCCAAUCAUGUUUCAUGCCAAAACCUGUCGAAAAUCUAGGAAUUACGGUUUUGAAUACUGUACCUUGAAACGUUUGCUGGUCAUAAGGUGCAAAACGUAUUCAGUAAGUACGCAGAUAGUGAGAAUAUGGCGUGCCCACGUGGUACUUGGGUGAAAACAAAGAAGUAUUAGACGUAACAGUGGCGUACCCCCGAUACGCGAAUUAUCGCUCCCUAUAACGGUGACCGUUAGUACACUGUGAAAAAAUGCUUACAGUAUUAGUAAUAGACCAAAGUAUAGUGCAAUGUCUUUCAUUUUUAUAAACAGCUGUGGAGGAAUGCAGAAAGCUUCUCAGUGCUCAAAACUUUACAGAAUUGGUAGAAAAAUCUCCUUGGAAAAUCAAACCAGGAGGAAAGGUGAAGAUACUUUUUAUGUUUUAACAUUAUCAACGCACAAUAAAAAUCAUAUCGCCUGAGUAUUUAAAAAAAUAAAAUUUCAUGUGUAUGUAGAAUCUAAGAUUACCUGAACUGCCCAUACCUAAGUGA